CAUUGAUGGAGCCGCUAAUCUGUGUCAGUCCGGCAGAGCCCUGUGAGAAAGCCACGCUGCGGGUCUGAACUGACGCUGCGAAAUUACACCGUCGGCCGAUGGCAAGCCUGGCCACUGCUUGUACAUAACCUGCAUGUACUGUAGCCUGGAGGACGCUGAAUCCCGAACUGAAGGAAUGUGCCAUUUCAUUGACACGGUCUAGUAAAGUAACAUUAGGAGGUCAGCUCAGAUGGUGAAGGCUCCGCUGCGAAGUUUACGCACUGAAUUUGCAAUUCCUCGCGGUAAUGAAGGUUUUUACUUGAAUGAAUGACGCCGCCGACGCUUAACAGGUUUCCUAGGCAGAUGUAUUUAAGGAACUGGAAGAACUAGUGAAUGUAAAAUUACUGAAGCUUCUCCGAAAACGCCAGCUUUGACUAGAUAGAGCGUUUGGAAACAUCUUUUUCUUUUACUGUGGAUGUCAGUCUAGCGCAUCAGUUAAAACCCCCUGAAGACAGCAGCCGCGCUGGAGGGAACAGGAUAACCGGGAGAUCCAGUUUAAAUGAAGAGAAACAUGUGAAGACCCUUGCGGAUAUUUGACCUGCAAGUAAGCCUUCAACAACCAAAAGGCGAAGGUCUCCUCCCUUCUUCCCCUCAUCCAUUCUCUCUGCUUCCUCUGCAGUUUCCUCGCAGGCCCGUUAAACAUGGAGGGCCGGCGGGCUACACGCAGGACUUUAUCACCUGACCCUAAAGUAGGAGCUACAGCUACUCUGCUAGGCUUUUGGCUUAUAGCAAUGCCUACCUUGUGCAGUGGGCAGACAUUUGCUAGUUUUCACCCCGAACGUCGGGACUGGGUCUUCAACCACCUGACCGUUCACCAAACUACAGGAGCAUUGUACAUUGGAGCAGUCAACCGUGUGUACAAGCUGUCAGGCAACCUGACCCUCCUUGUUUCACAUGAUACAGGCCCAGAGGAUGACAACAAGGCCUGCUACCCUCCUCUGAUUGUCCAGCCCUGUUCAGAGCCCCUUGUCCCUACCAACAAUGUCAACAAGCUUCUCCUCAUUGAUUAUUCCCAAAAUCGGUUGCUGGCCUGUGGCAGCCUCUACCAGGGUGUCUGUAAACUCCUCAGAUUGGAUGACCUCUUUAUCUUAGUGGAGCCCUCCCACAAGAAAGAGCACUACCUCUCAAGUGUCAACCAGACUGGGACCAUGUAUGGGGUCAUUGUGCCUUCCCAGGGCCAGGAUGGCACCCUAUUUAUUGGCACAGCAGUGGAUGGAAAACAGGACUACUUUCCUACCAUCUCGAGUCGAAAGCUGCCCCGUGACCCUGAAUCUUCUGCUAUGCUUGACUAUGAAUUGCACACUGACUUUGUGUCCUCCCUCAUCAAGAUACCAUCAGACACACUGGCACUGGUCUCCCACUUUGACAUCUACUAUGUUUACGGAUUUGCCAGUGGCAGCUUUGUUUACUUCCUGACUGUCCAGCCUGAGACACCAGAGAACAGCAUGUCAUCAAGCGGAUCCACCAGUGACCUCUUCUACACUUCUCGCAUUGUCCGCCUCUGCAAAGAUGAUCGCAAGUUUCACUCCUACGUCUCUCUCCCUGUUGGCUGUGUGAAGAAUGGUGUUGAAUACCGGCUACUGCAGGCUGCCUACCUCGGCAAACCAGGCCGUGUUCUCGCUGCCUCGUUCAACAUCAGCGCCCAAGAUGAUGUGCUUUUCACCAUCUUCUCCAAGGGCCAGAAGCAGUUUCAUCGCCCGCCAGAUGACUCAGCACUCUGCGUGUUCACCAUCCGAGACAUCAAUGCACGAAUCAAGGACCGCCUGCAGUCCUGCUACCAGGGAGAAGGAAACCUAGAGCUCAACUGGCUGCUUGGGAAGGAUGUGCAGUGCACCAAAGCACCGGUGCCCAUUGACGACUCUUUCUGUGGUCUGGACAUCAACCAGCCACUUGGUGGUUCUCAGCUGGUGACUGGUCACACUCUCUACACAGAGACUCGGGAUCGCAUGACUUCUGUAACCUCCUAUGUCUACAAUGGUUACUGUGUAGCCUUUGUGGGCACCAAGAGUGGACGUCUAAAGAAGAUUCGUGUCGACGGACCUCCUCAUGGUGGUGUCCAGUAUGAGACAAUAUCGGUCAUCAAGGAUGGCAGCCCUAUCCUGCGAGAUAUGGCCUUUUCCCUUGACCGCAACUACCUCUACGUCAUGUCUGACAGACAAGUUACCCAAGUUCCCAUUGAGUCCUGUGAGCAGUACGGGACCUGUGGAGAGUGUUUGAGCUCUGGAGACCCACACUGCGGCUGGUGUGUCCUGCAUAAUAUCUGUUCUCAGAGGAACCGAUGUGAGCGUGCAGAUGAGCCGUACCGUUUUGCUGCAUCUCUCAACCAGUGUGUGAAGGCCACUGUGUACCCAGACAGUAUUGCAGUGUCAGAGCCCAGUGUACCUCUGCUGGUGAAGGUGAGCCACGUUCCUGACCUUUCUGCAGGCAUCACCUGCUCCUUUGGCAACCUGACGGAGGUGGAGGGGCGGGUCAAUGGCAACCAGAUACUCUGUGUGUCUCCUGCUGCCAAGGAUGUGCCCCUCAUCCCUACCGACCAAGAUUGGUCAGGCGUUGAGCUCAGGCUCAAUUCUAAGGAGACUGGUCAGAUGCUUAUCAGCACAGAGGUCAAGUUUUACAACUGCAGCAUCCACCAACUGUGUCUGUCAUGUGUGAACAGUGCCUUCCGUUGCCACUGGUGCAAGUACCGCAACUUGUGUACUCAUGACCCCUCCAGCUGUUCCUUCCAGGAGGGACGAGUCAACGCCUCUGAGGACUGUCCCCAGCUGGUGCGCUCUGAGGAGAUUCUGAUCCCAGUGGGGGAGGUAAAGCCUAUCACCCUAAAGGCUAGGAACCUGCCCCAGCCCCAGUCUGGCCAACGAGGCUACGAGUGUGUCCUCCACAUCCAGGGGGUCAGCCACCGAGUCACUGCCCUCCGCUUCAACAGCUCCAGUGUGCAGUGCCAGAACAGCUCGUAUCUGUAUGAGGGAAUGAAAAUCAGUGAGCUGCCUGUGGAUUUCUCAGUGGUGUGGAACGGCAACUUCAUUAUUGAUAACCCGGAGAAUAUCCAAGUGCACCUGUACAAGUGUGCAGCCCAGCGGGACAGCUGUGGCAUGUGCCUGAAGGCAGAGAGGAAGUUCCAGUGUGGCUGGUGCAGUGGAGAGGGAAGGUGUACACUGCGGCACCACUGCCCCCCCAUCAACCCUUACACCACCCGCUGGCUGAACCUGUCCAGUAAGAAUGUCAAAUGCACCAACCCACGCAUCACUGAGGUGACCCCAGUGGCUGGACCCCCAGAGGGAGGCACACGGGUGACCAUCCAUGGCACGAACCUUGGUCUGGCUUUCUCGGACAUGGUGGGCAAUGUAGAGGUUGCAGGGGUGAGGUGUACCCCUGUAGAGGAUGGCUACAUCAUCGCUGAACAGAUUGUAUGUGAAAUGGACCCUGCUCCUGCUGAAAGUAGACCUGGUCCUGUCCAGCUGUGUGUUGGAGAGUGCAGACCAGAACUCAGGGCUCGCUCAUCGCAACUCUACUCCUUUGUGACACCCACAGUCACGGGUCUGUCCCCUAGCCGAGGUCCAGAGUCUGGGGGCACGAAAGUAACCAUAAUGGGAGAAAACCUUGGCGCCGGCAGCAGUGUCAACGUUCAGUUUGGAAACCAGACGUGCGAGUUCUUUGGACGGACCAUGACAGAGAUCGUGUGCUACUCCGCCCCUUCCCUGUCUGGAGUCGGCCCAGUGCAGAUCAGUGUGAGCGUUGACCAUGCCCAAAUCCGGGAGAGCCUCACAUUUGAGUACAUAGAAGACCCCACUGUCCAGCGCAUUGAACCAGACUGGAGCAUUGCAAGUGGCCAUACCCCCCUGAUGGUGACAGGGACCAAUCUGGACGUGGUUCAGGAGCCCAGGAUCCGAGUCAAAUACGCUGGCAGAGAGUCUGUCAAUGUGUGUAAAGUGUUGAACACCACUAGUAUGAGCUGCUUCGCUCCAUCCCUGAUAGCAGAGUACCUUCCAGGUCUGGACACAGUAAAGCACGCAGACGAGUUUGGUUUCAUCUUCAACAACGUCCAGGCGCUGCUGGUGUACAACAACACCAACCUCCUCUAUUACCCAAACCCUUACUUUGAGCCCCUCAGCACCACUGGUGUCCUGGAGCAAAAACCAGGCUCACCCAUCAUUCUCAAGGGCAGAAACCUGGUUCCACCAGCGUCAGGUGGGGUGAAGCUUAACUAUACUGUGCUGAUAGGAGAGACUCCCUGCUCUGUGACUGUGUCUGAGAGCCAGCUGCUAUGUGAGCCACCCAACCUCACCGGACAAUACAAAGUCAUGGUCCAGGUAGGUGGUCUCCAUGUCUCCCCUGGUGCGGUCCACAUCAUGUCUGACAGCCUGUUGACCCUGCCAGCCAUCGUCAGCAUCGCUGCUGGUGGAGGCCUCCUCCUCAUCAUUGUCAUCCUCGUCCUCAUUGCCUACAAGCGAAAGUCACGUGAAAAUGACCUCACCCUGAAGCGCUUGCAGAUGCAAAUGGACAACCUGGAGUCACGAGUUGCCCUCGAGUGCAAAGAAGCCUUUGCCGAGCUGCAGACCGACAUCAAUGAGCUGACCAGUGACCUGGACAGAGCUGGUAUCCCGCAUUUGGACUACAGGACAUACGCUAUGAGGGUCCUUUUCCCUGGCAUAGAGGAUCAUCCUGUCCUCAGAGAGUUGGAGGUGUCAGGGAAUGGCCAGCAGAAUGUGGAGAAGGCCCUAAAGCUGUUUGGCCAGCUCAUCAACAACAAAGUGUUCUUGCUCACCUUCAUCCGAACACUGGAAAUGCAGCGCUCUUUCUCCAUGAGGGACCGCGGCAACGUGGCCUCACUUAUCAUGACAGCCCUGCAAGGGCGAUUGGAGUACGCCACCGACGUCCUAAAGCACCUGCUGUCGGACCUCAUCGACCGCAACCUGGAGAGCAAGAACCAUCCCAAACUGCUGCUGCGCAGAACAGAGUCAGUUGCAGAGAAAAUGCUUACAAACUGGUUCGCCUUCCUCCUUCACAAAUUUCUCAAGGAGUGUGCUGGGGAGCCUCUGUUCAUGCUGUACUGCGCCAUCAAGCAGCAGAUGGAAAAGGGGCCCAUCGACGCCAUCACUGGAGAGGCCCGCUACUCCCUUAGUGAAGACAAGCUCAUCCGCCAGCAGAUCGAGUACAAAACCUUGAUCCUAAACUGUGUGAACCCAGACAAUGAAAACAGUCCAGAGAUUCCAGUAAAGGUGCUGAACUGUGACACCAUCACCCAAGUGAAGGAGAAGAUACUUGAUGCUGUUUACAAGAACAUGCCCUAUUCUCAGCGGCCGCGUGCUGUCGACAUGGACCUCGAGUGGCGGCAGGGGCGACUGGCUCGUGUGGUGUUGCAGGAUGAAGACAUCACCACCAAGAUAGAAAAUGACUGGAAGAGGCUCAACACUCUCAUGCACUACCAGGUAUCAGACCGCUGCGUUGUGGCUUUGGUGCCCAAACAGACCUCAUCAUACAACAUCCCUUCCUCAGCCAGCAUAUCCCGCACCUCCAUCAGCAGAUAUGACUCUUCAUUCCGCUACACGGGCAGUCCAGACAGCCUCCGUUCACGUGCUCCCAUGAUCACCCCCGAUCUAGAAAGUGGUGUGAAGGUGUGGCACCUAGUGAAGAACCACGAACAUGGAGACCAGAAGGAAGGAGACCGCGGUAGCAAGAUGGUCUCUGAGAUUUAUCUGACCAGGCUGCUAGCUACUAAGGGUACAUUACAAAAAUUUGUUGACGAUCUAUUCGAGACGUUGUUCAGCACAGUUCACCGAGGGAGCACUCUUCCCCUUGCCAUCAAAUACAUGUUUGACUUCCUGGAUGAGCAGGCAGACAAACAUGGCAUUCAUGACACAGACGUACGUCACACGUGGAAAAGCAACUGCCUUCCAUUGCGUUUCUGGGUGAACGUGAUCAAGAACCCACAGUUUGUGUUUGACAUCCAUAAGAGCAGCAUCACGGACGCCUGUCUGUCUGUUGUAGCUCAGACCUUUAUGGAUUCUUGCUCCACUUCAGAGCACCGCCUGGGCAAAGACUCCCCAUCCAAUAAGCUGCUCUACGCUAAAGAUAUCCCCAAUUACAAGAGCUGGGUAGAGAGGUACUACGCUGACAUCAACCGGCUGCCAGCCAUUAGCGACCAGGACAUGAAUGCUUAUUUGGCAGAACAGGCCAGACUCCACUCCACAGAGUUCAACAUGCUCAGUGCUCUCAAUGAGAUCUACUCUUACGUCAGCAAGUACAGUGAGGAGAUCACGGCAGCCCUGGAGCAGGAUGAACAGGCAAGGAAGCAGAGGUUGGCCUACAAGGUGGAGCAACUCAUCUCUGCCAUGUCCCUCGAGAGCUGAGAGUGACCCCCUACUGAAAGAGAGAGAGAACAAGAGAGACAGGACCACAAUCUCUACAGGACCUCCCAAAAGGGUCCCGCAUUACUUACCUCUCAUCGUGGGAGCUAGAACCAUGAACCAGACCUGGGACCUCUCUGUAUCCACAACCGGACAGAUAUACAACUGCUUUAGUUUGUAAUUCUCCCACCUCCUUCCAUGAUGGCACCAGCUAAGGGCCCAAAGACUAAGAUAGAGGCCCUGUAGCUGGGGCUGAUAAUGGCAUAAGGAAGGAACACCAGAAGAGAAGGCAACAACAUGGCUUGUAUUUAUUAUUUUUUUGUUUCUUUCUUUUUCUCAAAGGAUAUUUUCUCUCAGUUUGACAGGAAAUUGUAUGUUGUGUGUGCGUGUGUGUGGGUGUGCAUGAGUGUGUGUUUGUGUUGUGCUGAUGAAGACUCCUGCAGGACUGUGAGAGCAAAUGGAGAAACAGAUUUAUUACUCUACUCAGUCAGAAAUUCACAUCUGAGUGUGAGAUGGAGAUUAAAAAAAAAAAGAGCAGAAGAGCAGAUCUCAUGUUGGACAGCUGAGUUUGCAUUAAGAUUUUCUUCUUCUAAGAUUUUAUUUUUGUACUUGUACAUUUGAAUAUUAUCAGUUGCAGUUGAAAUAUCCACCCAGGAUCCCACAAGUGUUGCUGUAUAAAGACAUAAAAAGUCAAACACAUCAGGGUACUGUGAUAGUAAAACAGGCCCAUAGUCCAUGUCUUCUCUCACUCAUUCCCUCCUCGGACUGAUGCUUCUCAUGACACGGACACAACCUCUGCUCUUUAUCCAAUCAGCACUGUACAGGAAAACAUUAAACUUGUGCUCAUCAUCUAAGAGUCAAUGGAACUCCACUCGUGGUGGUCACAGUUCAGCCAGCAUGCUUGCACCUAAACUGAAGAUGGCAGCGAUGAAGUCUAUAGUGUAUUUAGGAGAUGACCUUAAAUCAGCAUCACUCUGGUGUCCAACGCUUUUCUCAGCAGUUAGGUCAUCUGUGUAUGUACCGGUUGAUACUUGCCAAUCAGUGUAUGUGAAUGUACAAAUGUUUUUUAUUUGUUUUUGUAUGUCUAUUUGACUUUUGCAAACAGAAAGGUGCUCAGUUGAACUGAGCCCCAUAGAUAUUUGCAGUAGCUCGUCAAGUGAACAACUCCAUUUGUCCGUCCUGGCCCAAGCCCAUCCAACUGCUUCCCAAACAUUAUUUACCCAAAAUCGCUUUUCUGCUAGAGGAGAGUGUGUAUUGUCUGCAUUGUGGCUGUCACUGCUGUGAAUUCCGCUGCUCAUACAGCACAGUAUGUACAGCUAGCAGUUAGUAGAGACCAGGCGAGAGCAGUUGGUUUCUGUAGGCUAAAGAAACUCUGUCUCUUUGGGAACUUGAUCAACUUUAUGUGUACUUUGCAUGCAUGCUAUCACACAUCAGAAGUGUUCCAAGGGUCCAUCUUUGAUUUUAUCAAGUGCCAAUGAGUCAUGCCAGUUCUAGCUGGCCAGUUGAGAUGUUAGCUGAUGGGAGAUCUUACCUGACCACCACUCAUGUCCUCACACAGACAAUAAGAAGCCUAGCUGCGUGGGUCUAGUUUGACCAAGUGCCAAAAGAUCCUGUUGUUUCAAAUUGUUCACGUGUCAAAAAUCGGUUUAUGCUUUAAAGAGGGAGCAAAGCUCUCAUAUUGGAGUGUAGAACCGGUUAAAGUUGAAUCUUACAUAACUGGAAUGGUGAGUUUGAGACUCAUGAAAGGUACGAAACAUAAGCAGGAGAAAAGAGAUCUGGGAAUGAGGAGCAGAACAUGAAAAACACAUAGACAGAUAGUAAAAAACGAGUAUGUUUCAUGUCAUGUGGAUGCAUCUCCUGACUUAAACCAAAACGUCACAAGCUAAAAGGCUGAUGUAACCUUCCAACCUUCUAGCUGGAUGACAACAAACUGUAGAUUCCGUCCUCUGGAUAGGUGAUUUCAUUUUCUUCCGAGAUACAUGUUUGCUUGUUGUUUACAUCAAGUACUUGAAAAUAGGUAGUAUUAAAGGUUUGCACAGUAUACUGCAAGUGUGUGCGUUGAGAGCAUGACAAACACCAGUAGUGGGUGAAAGGUGCUUCUUUUCUCUGUGGCCUUAGAUACCCACCUGCUUAGUGUUCCUGAUCUUAUUAGUCCUCGACUCGGGCACAGUCCUUUCCUUGCUUCGGAGCCCAAUGGUUUUUCAGCGAUACCUGGCCAUGGCACUCUGCUGAGAACUGUCUUAGCGAGAUAACGUAAAAGGAAAGGUGAAGAGGGUACGGCCUGGCUCAGGCAGACAUUGCCUCGCUCAGCACUCGGCUCGCCUGAGCUGUUUGAAGAGAAGUGUCGAGAAAUGAGGAGAGAGGGAGAGGUAGAAAGAGAGAGAACCCCUUUAGCUCUAGUUUCCUGCUCCAGCUUUGAAGCUGCUCUUUGAUCUGAGUCAGUUGUGUGCACAGUGUGAUCAGGAGAUGGAAAGAAAGAAAAAAAAAA